AUGCAAUGAUACGCCAAGCUCCGGUCUGGUCCUCGCGUAGGACAAUCCUAUUCAUCGCACGUUCUCUCUCAACCGCCUUGACUCCAUUGUCCAUACGGACAACGUAUGUACAUAAAAAGGGACAUGCAGAUGGGGGUGGAAGCGGCGAAAACUAGCUGACACUCCACACUCCACAUCUCGAAAAGGCUGCCAAAUCGCACACGCCAUGGUGUGUUAGCCAUCAUGGAUGGACCUGGUCAACUUUCUCUGCUUCUCCAACUGGGUUCCUAUAUUGAGAACUAAGAGCCAUGGGCGCCAGGUCUUGGCCUCUUGUUGAGUCCCUACUCCAUGUCGAUAACCACCCCUGAUCCAGGAAGCGGCCUUAUCCCAGCAACCACCACGAGCCUGUCAAAGCUGUUCAUGGGUGCUUUGGGAUUGGUGACGUUUCUCUUGUCCUGAACGAUACGACGCUAGGUUCUCUUGAGCCAGGCCAUUUGUUUCUUCAUCUUGCCCCAUCCUUCAUUCCCCCUGGCUUCUUGAUCGCCCUGUGUACCCUGUUCAAGCUCGCAUGCCUGAGCCCUUCAGGUUUAGACUGCCCGUCAGGUUGUUUCCUCCACACCUUGAGGCAAAGAAGUCUCUUAGAGAGGUACCUGUCUGUAUGGCUUUAAAGAACCUGGCAUCCCAGUCCACAACGCUUUGUUCCCACGUCGUUGUCUGUGGCUUGGAUGAGUUGGUUUCACUAAUACUGCGAGUUCUCCAGUUCAGCCCCGGCCACUUUGAAAUUCUCCGCUCAGACUGUUUAUGGCCCUGUGUCUUCUGGCAUUUCCUAACCUGGAUCCCUCGUCUGCGUUGCCCUACGGUCGAGUAGCCCCCACUACAUGGGGUUUGGAACAACCGUCAAGGCCAAACGCCGCCAUUAUAUCAGAGAUAUACAAAAGGCUUGGGCGUCCCACCAACGGCAAAUAACCCCCGACUCAUCGUUACUCUCUUGAACCACCAUCUCCUUCUCUCCGUCACUAUCUUCUUGUAAUACGACCAGGCUUAGUCUUCAAGACUGUUUGCCUGAUUUCGCUCUUUACUCACCAACGCUGCUGUUUCCUGAACUGUCUAUUAGAUCAGCAACGUUGUGGACUGGACGCUCGUUCAAGUGUUCCUUGACUUCACAUUGCGUAAUAUUUCAGGGUACAAUUCAUCAGUAAUCGAGAAUCGAAUAGUCCUUCAUACCGGGCAAUAGAUCACGAUAACCGCUGUGCGGUUACUACUCGCCCUGCUCGCCAUAUUGUUAUGGAAGAUAGUCGUUCACUGUCAAAACAGUCUGAAACGAAACCAUCACACUCAGCUCCUCAACUUCACAAUAUGUCUAUGCUUGCUACAGCAUCCCCUUCUCCUCACCCUUCAUCUUUCGGCAUGCCCCGUCCAUGGGAAACCAACCGAUGUCCCGACUAUUCACUUCGACCGAGGACCGAGAACGACAAAGUCGCACUUCCUUCAAUUCGACAGGCAUUCCCCGAAUUACAGCUUCAGACCCAGCCGCCACAUGAUCUUAACACCAAGCCGCCAUCUACAGGACCACCCUUGGGCGCGCCACCGUUGCCCGCAGCAUCACCUCAAUAUAUACACUCACCCAAUUCUAACAAAAGAAGGCGACUAUCAAUUGAACGUGAAGUUGAAAUGGAGAGAGUCCGCCAAGUACCACGGCGCUACAGUCCGGAUCGAGCUUCACCCAGACAGAUUUCACCACACCUACCCAUCCAAGGGGGAUCACAGGAGAAUUGGGCAGCCCCCACAAGGACAAGCCCUUUUCUGACAAACGGGUCAAAUUCCCACUCAGUCUCAAUAGAAGUCAGUGAAAGAGCAGAGUCUCGGUCGACGCUACCCAGUCUUCCUCCACCACGUUCUCUGGAACGAGAACUACCUGUGGGCCGUGGCACAGCACCUGCAGACGGCUAUCGACCACCUCAGCAGUCGAUGCCACAUUCACGAACACCCAUAUCUGAGCCCGGCGUUUCACCAUACCGUGAGAACGGUUAUGGUUAUCCUUAUCACCACCCAACACGAUACCAAUCACUAUCCACAGGAUCAGCUCACUCGUAUGACCGGACACCAUUUACUCCAGGCACAUACAACACGCCUUACCAAGAUUUCGUUCGAUUUGGGGACAUGAGCUCUGCCAGUCUUAGCGGUGAUAACAAACAACGGAAGCGAAGAGGAAACUUGCCCAAAGAGACUACAGACAAGCUCAGGGCGUGGUUCGUCGCACACCUUCAACACCCAUACCCUACCGAGGACGAAAAGCAAGAUCUCAUGCGACAGACUGGGCUACAGAUGAAUCAAAUCUCCAACUGGUUCAUCAAUGCUCGACGUCGCCAAUUGCCAGCCAUGAUCAACAACGCUCGCGCCGAAACUGACGCCAUGACGGGCGCUCGAGGCGGUGACCUAAAGGUCCUCGCCACAACAGAACGGGGUGACUUUGACCACUCCAAACGAGAGCCCGCCGGACCCUUAAGUGACGGUGAGGGCGCCACUUAUGACGAGGAACUUGAGGCGUUGAGCCAGCGAAGGCCUGGCACCAUCGGCAGGGGCAGCGUCUAAACUCAGGUACUAAGAAGAUCCGCAUUGGCCAUUAUUUGAAUGAUCUUGUUUUUUUUUUCCGGAGCGAUACCCUUUUUCGGGUUUGGUAUGGGAAUAGCGCAUUUUAUGUUCUUGCUACUGUUUCUUCUUCAUGUUUGAGGUUUUAGCCUCCAAACGCGUUUAGCGACGGGAUAUCCUUUGGGUAUUUGUGCUAUCUAAAGCAGGGAUAUUGUUUUUCACCUUUGGUCAGCCAUUGAAUCUUUGAGGAACUAAAAGCAUGGUGGACAGUCAUCACAACAUUUGAACGAAGAAAACGCGAUAUAUACGAUAACAGCGUUUACAUGGAGGAUAAAGAGAGGAUGGGUCUCCCGGAUGAGCAUUGGACUCAAAGAAGAUUAGACACCCCGCGGACAAUCUACGAUAAUCUAGGGGGCUCAUGAUGACUUUGGCAAAAGGUGAACCAGCCGCCUUCCUUGUCAAAUCAUACCAAGUCAAAUCAAAUCAAAAUAAAUUACAAGAAAAGGAAAACUUUGCCAAUCAGGGAUGAGCCAACUACGGAUACAGACCACAGUACUGGAAAGCGUUCGUCCGACAAUGACCUACCGUCUGUGCAUGCAUGGGUGGGUGUAAGUCCAGGCAGGACGGGCCACGGUAGGAUUUUAGUUGAUUCACCUAUCAAGGACAGCUAACCAUAUGUACAUACUAGAAAGCUUUGAUCUUAGGUGGAAAUACCAAUUAUCGUGAAUUUCCCGAUCCCCGGCCCACCAAUAUAACAGCAUGAGACAGCCAGACAGCCAGUCUUACCGAUAUCGUCGCUAACACUCACAUAUUACUCGCUCCAGAAUCCCUAUGUUUGCCAGUGCAGAUUUAGGGGAGCCAUGUGGAGUCAAUGGAGAGGAUGAUCUUAGCCGGGGCUAUUUAGAAUGCCACCGGUCACGUAUAGCGGCAACGGCUAGCCUAUGUUAGGAGCCACUGGUUUAAUAGAGCCAACUACCAUCUCACUUCAAAUCCGAUCAGGUAGGGAAGGUCUGCCAAGUUCCAGUGAGGAAAGGAGGCCAUGUUCCGAGAAGGGAGCCAGGGACCAAGUUGAGGUCCAUGUUGAGAUGUCUUUGAACGAAGAGCCAGUCAACCGGUUCUGUCAUCCUAAACUGGGCUACGGAGGAUUCGACGACUCUGUUAAUGCGAGACACACCCAACGGAGACUCUCCGGUGCUCGGAAUUUUGAUGUAGCAGGAGAAGGCGAGGUAGGGUGCGGGUGGCAUACAUACAAACAUACCUAGCUAGCUACUUAGGUGGGAGGCUGGAUGGUUACAUAAAAGACGAGUUUUUCAUGACUUAGCAAUGAUGAGUACACAUCCAAUGGCAGUUAUGCAUGGCGCCAAGAGGGGAAUUUGAACGAGAAAGACAGUGAGAAGGAAGAACAGGUAGUAUCGGAUAUCCAUAGCACAGAGAGGCACGUUGCCUACCAGUCAAUAGCAGACAGUAGUUCAUGGUUGAAGAUAUGCAGCAACAACACCACCCACAGGUGCGCCUCUGCCGCUG